GCUUACCAGCCACUUGAUCUCGUACUUCUUUAGUUUGGCUACCGUUCGACAACUGUGAAUGAUCAUGGACUCUAUUCAAAGCAAGCUAGGCUACAAUUUCGCACACCAUGAGCACCUUGAGAGUGCUUUUGUCGCAGCUCAUAGAAGUGAAAAGGACGGCAUUGCGAGUGACGGAAACAGGGGAAUGGCUCGGAUCGGGCAAAUAGCUAUUGAUAUGGCCGAAACCUCAUAUGCUGUUGUAGUUGAGAAAGCGCGUCUAACCGACAUCAAUCGUCGGAGAUAUUGGUGGAAAGACAAGAAGAAAGUAGCGACGGCAUGUAAAGUUUUGGAUAUCGAGUCCCGUAUCGUCCGGAGUGCUCGACAGAACGGGCAAGAGCUUUCCGCGGAAGUGCUGAAUUUCGCAUUGAAUGCCGUGAUCGGUGCUGUCUGGCGCGACUGUCAAGAUCAGAACAGAAGCGUCAACGAGUCAUGCAGCACCGUUUCAAGAAUCUUGGGCCAAAUUGAUGGCUUCCUCAAUGCAUCGACAGCCGCUAACGGCGAUCAAAAUGUGUCUCUUGUCGCUAAGAAUAGCGCAUCAAUCUUUUCACCAGGACUAGUAACGCACGAAACACCAGAGGGAAAUGUAGUAAGCGACUUGGACAUAAGAGAACGUUCAGCCAAUCCUGAGACAUACGAAGACUUUACUGUGUUUUCACCACUAUCGGUCUCGGAAGAACAUGACGACCUAGUUACUGAACCAUCGUCGCCCCGGUGGUUCAUUAUAGAGCAACAGCCUUUUUCAGAGCAUGACACUGCGAAUUCUUCUAACCAAAAUCAUGACCAUGGAAACACCACCUGCUCGUUAUCAGCUGGAAUACAUGGUAUGCGUGUACAACCUAUUCUCUCGGUUGAGCAGGAAAGAGUUUUAGAAUCCAUACCGCCUGGGGAAGUUGAUAGCAGCGCACCUACCACUGCAACGUCAAAACGAGCUUUGCCCGGCCGAGAGCCUGGAGACUCAUUGGGAGCACAGGAUGCAAGAUCGUUGGAGAGGAAGAAUAAACGAGCCCAAACAGAGAGAGGUAGGGUCGAUGCAGCGCUAGAGUCAUUGCUAGAUGCGGAGCGACAGAAGAUCGGUCCAUGUUCACAACCAGAGCGCGCCAAACUACUAGGACAUCUGGAAUAUCCCCAGACCGCUCCGCUCAAGGGCCCAUAUCAUAUACUCAAGUUUUUGUAUCUGGCAAUCGGCAGCUGGGAUACGCUUGCCGACUUUACUAGUCAACUUCAAAGCGCUAGGGAAGCGCGGCGCUCCUCUGAUUCAUUGUCCCAUUUCUCUUCGACUGCCUCGAUGGCAUUCAACAUGAUAUGUCGACUCGAAAAUGAGAGGACUACGUGCAUCCUGUUGAAACGAUAUUACGCGAUAAAAUUUCUUGAGGAUGGACAACAGUCUUCUCAGCCACGCGAAAGCAUGCAAGUGGAAACUGCAGUGACUUUUGGGUUUGGAAACACACGGCAAAGAGGCAAUCCCCAGAUGCGGCAUGAAGCUGCUGAGAUUAAGCUUUUGACUUCCAAGAUUGCCCCUGAUGUUGAAAAGACGUCUGACGAGUACCCGGCGGUUUACGACAAAGUCAAACGUUUCCGACAAUUAGGAAAACGAUUGCAGAUAUUGACAAAGCGCUUUGGAAUCGGUGUAUUAGUCCUCCUACCUUCUGGGCCGUCCUUUCCUGGCGUCUCUUUGACAGAUCGCAUGCUCUCUGAUAUCAACAUGCACGAUCUUGCUGAAUUUGCUACGCUGUUAGAAAAAGAACAGGGACCACUUUUGAGGAAACUUAGCAAUGCUGUCGCGCCAACCUUGUUAGCGCUUGCAGCCUUCUACCAAGGUCAAAACAUGGGUCCCCCGCCUAGUCUUGUAGACAUAGAGAGCUUGAAGGAUACACCCAAGGCGUUACUUACUCUGACGCCUGAUGACUCACAUGCGAUCUAAAUACAUUCAUAACCAAGUCUACUCGCACCACCGCGUUGGACGGCGAAGCAUCAGAUCUGUCUGGCCGGAAUCACCACCUGUCACCAGCAAAAAAUGAUGCUAUCGAUCCUUCGCGAACAGAUAUAUUCAGGAAUUCUUUCCAUUAGUAAUUUAAAUAAAACGCUUUACAUUUACUGUGUUAUAGUACAUGGUCUAGCUCAAAAGGUCAAGGCCAAUCCACAAUCGAGUAGUCAAUCAAAAAUCAAACUGAAUUUCAGUCGCCAAUGUU